AUGAAAGAAGAAGUUGAAGAGAUAAUGAAAGGAAGAAUAUUUAUGAAUAACUUGAAUAGUAUACCUAAACUUAGUAAUACUGAAAGACUAACUAUAGAAUUCAAGGAAUCUGAAGGUAAACAAGAAUAUAAAGAAAGUAAAAAAGAAAGUAAUAAUCUAACAAGUGAGUUUAUUGAGGAUAAAACUAUAGAAUUAAAAACAGAUAAUAA